UUGUAACGUUUAAGUCUAUUUAGUACGCUAUAGCAUCAGAGCUCUUAUGAGAAAUACAACAUUAUAUGUAAUUCUAAAUAUAAGAACAGAAACAAGAUAUAAUUUCGCUCCGUGCAGUUGGUUCGAAAACCAACCGUCAGUUUAAACGCACCGAAAACGCAAAGUCCACAAAUGCGUCUGUCAUCGGUUCGGCAUGCACACACAUGCAAAAGCGCAGUCGCGGGAAGUACAGACCGGACAGACAGAGCAAAUCGAUUCGAUCAUUCAUCGUCAGCAUCCCGAUCGGCACGCAGGCCGAAAGCAAGUGUCCGCGAGUGAAUUGAUCUGGUGAAAACCGCGUGGCCGUAAAAUACAUAAUUUCGGUCUGGGCAAGUGGAAAAGUGUCCUCUCUUGCACCACCUCCGGGGAUUCGCUUCGCUGGGCAGGAAAGAACCCAGAUUCAACAAGUGCGCGAGUGUUACCCGAGUAACGGGGGCGGCGGAAAAGAGCAUUCUCCGAACGAAGCCGGAUCUCAGACCGCGCGCCGGCAGUACGGAAAAGGUCAGAACACGGAACGCUCACCCGGUGGACGGAAAAAUAGCCGACGAAUGCAAAUAAAAUUCGCCGACUGUAAGGUAAGCUGGCUGCGGAAGUGUCAGAAGGACCAAACGACGCUGGAAGAUUGAUCCGUUGUGAACCGAUCACUAGGCACAGAGCAACGGAGGGGGCGCGACGAAGAGCGACGGCAUCAGGUAACUUCGAUGAACGACUCCUGCUGGACGCAGAUUCCUAACCCUAAAUUGAAUUUGCAGAUCGCGGGACCUCUACGGAAAGCUGCGAUAAUCCGGAACAGCUGGAGGUACAGCUGUGACUCCUUCCGAAAGAUCAGGAAGCGAACGACGACUGGUAGAAGUUCGUCGGACCGCGAAGGAACCAACAUCCAUUUGGUGCAGCCGAAGGCACGGAUGCGAUUGCUGGCGAAGACCCGAGCCAGAGGAAGAACCCCAACUGGGUAGGUCAGCGGUAGAGAGGUUAUGUCAAACCGGGACUAAUGAGAUGCGUACUUUCCUAGGGUUCUUUUCCGGGACUGAUCGCCACGUCGAGGUCGAGGGAACAGAGGACAGCGCGUCGAACAUCCGGACUCACGCACUCCUGGCACACGGUAGUCCGCGACGACCGCUCGCAUUCGGGGGCGCCGAAACAAGCUCGAAACCACCAGCUCGGAAAGGAGGACCACUGCUGCGCGCUGCGGGAAAGUUACGUCGAUACGGGAGGUGCUUCGACGACGAUCGUAGCACGAUGGAGGGCUACCUCAAGUGCAUGAUCGCUGCUGGACGUCCGUAGAGCAAGGUGCUCGGUACCGUGAGUACCCGAAUCUAAUAGGAUUAAGACAAAUCAACAUGUUAGCGCUUAAGGAGAUGAUGGACAGAUCUGUCGCUAGGAGUUAGGGGUCGAAACACGACCGAGUGUAGAGACAUGAUAGGCAUGAUGCUUGAAUAGACGUUUAUCAGAACUUUUGUUGUUGAUUGAUUUUGGUUGGAGCCUCUAGCCCUCAGUGUUUGUGUUGAAACCCUUUUCGUUAUUGGUAGUUCUGCUCUACUAGGCCGGGAAAUUUGCAACACUGGCGCCCAACUGAAAAUCCACACAUUAAAAACUACCGUUUAGCGAUUUUUUUGUUUGGUUUGAUGAAAUUUGGUUUUGCGCAAUUUCGAUUAUCUGGCCUACGAUUAUCGAAACAAUUUUAGCCCUUUACGCAUACAAUUCGAAAGUGUAAUGGAUUAUACACAAUUGACUGACGAAGAGGUGACCUACGAGCUGGCUUUACGCCACGUAGUCAACCUAGGACCAACGACCCACAGAGGGAAGGUCCUUCGUCUCAAGGCACUCAUGCAAGAGGAGUCCUUGAGAGACAGUAAGCCCACCAGCUCGGAACAUGUCAUGAGUUCCCAGUCCAAUCUAGAACAAUGUGAAUCGCAAGUUCACCAGCUGCAUAUUAGCGCCGAAGCUGCCAUUCGGACGGCUAACAGCGCAGCCUUAAGUCAAAUCCGGACUCGUCUGUACCAUUACCGCGAUCGCUUGCAGUUGAUUCAACCUCCAACCGAACUGCGGGAAACUCAUGCAAUGUUAUCGGUGCACGUAAACGUUUUACUAGAUAAGGUGAACGGAACAAGUGUAGUGAAUGGUGUACCGCGAAGUGAGAGUGUCGUGAGUCAAGCAACUUCGACUGGAGCCAUAAGGAGGAACAACAGCGGAGAUGAAGGAGCAGUCGGAGGAGAAACCACGAUGCCAGUGGAAAGCACUUCGAGACAAGACACUACACCACCACCAGCAGUGCAGCCACCGCUCGUGACGUCAUUCUCGGGUGGACAAGGCAGAGGAUUGUUGUUCUCGAGUUCGUUCCAAACGCGAGACAGCGAAGAAGCAGAACAAGCAGAUACGAGGCACCGAAACACCUCACCUCCCCCUCCCUACCUGCCGCGAGAUCGGGAAACAUGGAACCCGUCGACCAGGGAACAAGAAUCGCGGGAAAACCGCGAAUUGCAAGCAAGAAUCAGGGAGAUGCAGGAGAGAGAACAACACAUGCGUGAGGAGUACUACAGAAUGCGAGACGACCUGGAGCGGUUGAUCCGCCGAGAGCGACCAGCACCGGAACGAGCGGACGAUCGCCGAAUACAGAAGGCCGUUCACAACUGGCCUUUCAAAUUUCGCGGCGAGAAGGACACGACAUCACUCAACGUGUUCCUAGAUCGCGUGGAGACAUUCGCGAGAUCGGAAGGCAUGAGCGAUGCUACACUCCUGAGUUCGAUCAAGCAUCUACUCCAAGAGGACGCAAUCGACUGGUACUCACGAGCAACGUCGCAAAACUUGUUGCGGACUUGGGACCAGUUCAAGCGAGAGAUUCGAAGAGAAUUCCUGCCCAGCGGCUACUCCCAAAUUCUCCGUCUGGAAGCUAGCUUCCGAUUCCAAGGAAGGGAGGAAUCCUUCGCGAAAUUCUAUCGCGACAUUUCAGCGCUCUUCCGCUUCGUCGAUCCACCAAUUCCAGAUGACGAAAAGUUCUUCCUGGUGAAGAAGAACAUGAACGAGAACUACGCAGCUAUCGUCACAGCAGCGAGACCUCGUUCACUGGAAGAAAUGGUGGAAGUCUGCACCGGAUACGACGAGACGAGAAUGCUUCUGAACAGGCAACGUAGGAUUCCGAUUCCGCACAGCGCGCUUCUGGAACCGAACUUCGCCACGCCAGUGAUAACCAGCAGACCACCACCGGUUCAGCAUCACCAACAGCCACAGCGGUUCAACAGAGUUCACGCCGUGGAGGUAGAAGAAAGCGCUUACGAGCACGAAGCGUUGGAGGAGGGACCAGAAGACAAUUGGCAGCAUACCAUCGACGAACUGGUUGAGCAAGUCAACGCGCUGAAGAUGAACCUGGAGCGGAGAUCUGCGAGGCCAAACUUUGCCGCACGCGACGAGAAGCAGUCAAGAUCGACGGACAGGUACAACCGUACAGAAGCUGAUGUUCUGAGAGCAGCGCGACAGUACACAAGAGAAGCGCAAACUCCGGCACAGCAGCAGCGGCCCCAAGCCACAUCGGUUCCGACUCGGCAACCACAACAGCAGCAAGAACAGCCGCAAAGAGCACAGGGCUGGCAAGCGCGACAGGGGAUUCAAAGCUCGGAUCCGAGCGACAGUAACCGAAGAUACCAACGUCUGCUGCCAGAACCAGGUAGACAACGGGAAGAUCGACAAGUAGAACAGCAAGAAGCUCACAACGACCAACGCCCAGCCAUGCUCUGCUGGAACUGCGACGAGGAGGGCCACAGAUUCAUGGACUGUCCGAAACCACAAGCCAUUCUCUUCUGCUACCGGUGCGGACGGAAGGGCUACUCAUUGCGCAGUUGCUUCACGUGUCGCACGGACGCGUUAAACUACCCAGCGGAGAACCAGCAGUAG